AUGCCUGCCAAAGAACGAGUGUGCCUCGCUUAUAGCGGCGGAUUGGACACCUCGAUCAUUCUGGCCUGGCUUCUUGAGAAGGGCUAUGAUGUGGUCGCCUUCAUGAGCAAUGUCGGCCAGGAAGAGGACUUCGAUGCGGCUCGCGAAAAGGCCUUGAAAAUCGGCUGCUCCAAAGUUGUCAUCAACGAUGAUAGGGAUCAGUUCGUCAAGGAACUGAUCUUCCCAGCGAUUCAAUGCAAUGCCAAUUACGAAACAACAUACCUCCUAGGCACAUCGUUGGCCCGACCUAUCAUUGCACGAUCAAUGAUGUCUGUCGCUGCAAAGGAGAAAUGUGCCUAUGUAGCUCACGGGGCUACCGGGAAAGGAAACGACCAGGUUCGGUUUGAAUUGGCUUUCUACGCUUUGCAGCCUAACAUCAAAGUCAUCGCACCGUGGCGUGACCCCGAGUUCCUAGCUCGCUUCAAAGGCCGAAACGACCUGCUCGACUACGCAGCGGAGAAAAACAUACCUGUCACCUCAACAAAGGCAAAGCCGUGGAGUAUGGACGCCAAUUUGGCUCACUGCAGUUACGAGGCUGGUAUACUUGAAAAUCCGGACAUUACACCGCCUGAUGAUAUGUGGACUCUUACUGAAUCUGCGAUCCUGUCGGCAGCCAAUGAGCCCGAAGAUGUCGUGAUCGAGUUUGAAAAGGGUAUUCCAGUAAAGCUGACCUCACCCACUACUGGAACAGAGACAGACCCAACCAAGCUGUUCCUGGCCGCAAACGCUCUCGCACGCAAGCAUGGCAUAGGACGUGUCGACAUCGUGGAGAAUAGGUUCAUCGGGAUUAAGUCUAGAGGCUGUUACGAGAGCCCUGGUCUAACUAUCCUUCAGCACACGCACCGGGACCUGGAGGGUUUAACCGUCGACCGUGAGGUCCGCGCCCUCCGAGACCAAUUCGUGACAUUCGGAUGGUCAAAAAUACUGUACAAUGGUCUCUACUUCUCUCCCGAGCGAGAAUUUCUCCAAGUCAGCAUCCCUGAAUCCCAAAAGACUGUCAAUGGUCAGGUUCGCGCGCGGCUAUACAAGGGCAACACCAUUAUCCUGGGCCGCAGUUCGCAGACGGAGAAACUCUAUGAUGCGAGCGAGAGUUCGAUGGAUGAGAUCGGAGAUUUUGAGCCAUCCGAUGCUGGCGGCUUCAUCAAAGUGCAGGCCAUCCGGUUGAAGAAGUAUGGGCAGGCGAAAGCAGAAAAGGGUGAGGCUCUGUAA